AUGUCACUAAAUUAAUAGCGAUAAUAACAAUAGUAAUAAAAACUAGAAAUUCAAAGGCGCUUGGAUUCGUAUGUUAAUGCUGUUAAAGUAAAUUAGAGAAUAAAAAUAUUAGGAUCUACAAAACGAAUUUAAAGUUUAUUAUGGAAUGUUGGAAAGAAAUGACGAACCAAAUUAGGAAAGAUUUAAAUAAACAGCCUUCAAAUUUUUAAAAUUCGAAAAGGAAAUGAAUAAUUAAAUCGAAGAAAUUGUUUAGAAAAUAAUUUACUAAAAAGCAAGAAAAUGA